AUGAAGUCCAAUGCGCAGCUACGAAGAGAUGAGUCCGAUGAUGAUAUGCCUGCUGCGAUGCAUGUUGCUUUUCCGGACGUGGCUUCUUCCUCUCAUACCGUACCGCCAUCUGAGCCGAAGGUAAAUUUUUCUCAGGUCAUGGAGGCCUUAGCUGCUAUUCAGGGAGGGAUGACCACCAUGCAGCAAUCUAUCUUCUCCAUGCAGCUGGAAAUGCGGUCCAUUGAUCUUGAUGUUGAGAAGAGUAAGGGUUCGGUCCAGAAGGGUUCUGAGGAUGCAGAUGAGGUCAGUAAGGAAUCUUAUCUGAUUGUAUCUGAUGUUGGUAUUGAGGAAAAGCAGGGGGCUGAUUUAGAGAUGAAGGGGAUUGAUUCUGAGGAGCAAAAUCUGGUGGGUGUCAUGCGAUCGGAAUUUCCUGUUCAGGGGCAGAAUGAGAGGGGUGUACACAAGAUGAAUACAGGGGCAAUUCAAGAUUGGUGCCAGCUUUUCAAAUCUGGAAAAUCUACUGGGUCUCUCCAAUUUCAUGAGCCACCUAGGCAAAAUGGAAAGAUUCUUAUUCAGCCUCCAAGGGCAGCUGUUGAAGAAGGGAUUAAGAAAUGGUCAUCUGCAAUGAUUGGACAAUUUCUUGAUAAACCGCUUCCAGUCUUUGUGGUUAAGCGUGCUGUGGAUAGCCUCUGGAAUAGGUAUGGUACUAUUGAGGUGUUCCUCUUGGAAAAUGGGUUAUAUUUGUUUCGUUUUGCUGAUGAGAAAAGUAAGGAUGCUGUUCUGAAGGAGAAAUUGUGGUAUUUUGCCAAUAAGCCCAUCAUCCUAAGAAGGUGGACACCAGGUAUUAUUGGCAUUGAUGGGGAGAUACUAAAAAUUGGUGUGGAGUAUCCUUGGUUGCCGAUUAGAUGCAAGAAUUGUAGAUUGUUUGGACAUGCUACACAUACUUGCUCUAAGACUGAAAAGAUUGUUUGGGUGCCUAAGAAGAUAGUUCCAGUCCAACAAGUAGUUCAACAAGCGCUUCCUAUUAAGAAUGCUAAGGGGGUUGAUAAAUCAGGGCCUUCAAGUGUUGGUCAAUGGUCUGUAGCUAAAUCUAGGAAAACUCCAAAGACUCGGUCUGGUUCAGUUGAUAAUAGCUCCCACUGGACCAAUUCUUUUCAGCUGCUAGCUCGGGUGGAUGGCAGAAAAUUUGAUGAUGCAGAGGUUAGAAAAUCUAAUAUAGAUUUGCAACAGGCUUUGGAUGAAAUGGAGACUCCUGUUUCUGUGUACAAAGGAAAGGGUAAAUUGGAGGAAUUGGAUGUGGAUAUGAGGAGGGGCUUUUCUCCAUAUGAGGAGGGGCUUUUCUCCACAUGGUUCAACCCCCUAGUAUGGAAUGUGAGGGGGUUGAACCAUCCCCCCAAACAAAAUGAGGUUCGGAGAAUAGUAAAGGAGAAGAGGAUUAAAUUAGUCUGCCUUAUUGAGACUAGAGUUAAGGCUCAUAAGUCUAAUGAUAUUGUGGUUGCUUUGUUUCCAGAUUGGGGUUUUUGCUUCAAUUAUGAGCAUCAUUUUUUAGGCAGAAUCUGGGUUUGCUGGGAUAAAGGGGAGUUUGAUGUCACUAUUAUUGAUAAAUGUGAUCAAAGUGUGAGCUGUUGUGUACAUUAUCUUAAAGAGGGGUCCAUUUGGUUUCAGUCCUUUGUAUAUGGAGCUAAUAAGCCUCUUGAAAGAAGGGUGUUAUGGCAGAAUCUAAAAACCAUAAAGGGUAGGGUGUUUCCUAAUCCUUGGAUCCUUUGUGGAGAUUUUAAUGUGGUGAGACAUUUGGCUGAGAAGUGGGGUUCGGAUAGGCUCAAUGCUUAUGAGCAGGAGUUUGGGGAAUGUCUAAAUAACCUAGAAGUUGUUGAUCUGAAGUUUAGUGGCUGUUUUUUCACUUGGAAUAAUAAGAGUGAAGGGGCCGAUUUUGUGGCUAGGAAGUUCGACAGAGUUAUGGUAAAUGAAGAGUGGCUUAUUAAGUUUGGGGGUACCAAAGUUGAUUUUCCUUCUGGAGGUGUUUCAGACCAUUCUCCUGCUAUAAUUACAGUGGGUACACUGAUGAGUUUCGGUCCAAAACCUUUUAAAUUCUGUAAUUUCUGGUUGGAGAACACUGAUUUUCAGGAUUGGUUGACUGUUGGGUGGGGACAGGAGGUUUAUGGAGUGCCUGUGUAUAGGCUGUGCAGUAAACUAAAAGCCCUUAAAGUUGUUUUGAAGACUAAUACUGCAAGUUGUUAUGGUGAUAUUAGAAGUAAGGUGAUCCAAGCUCGAGAUAGACUUGAUAUGGCUCAAAGGACUGUUUUGGACUUUAGAGGAAGGGCUGAUUGUCUUCAGAAAGAGCGGGAAUGUCUUCAUGCUUAUGUUUCCAUCACAAAAGCUGAAGAGGCUUUCUUGAAACAGAAAGCAAGGAAUUAA